CCAUGUGGGAGGAGAGAGAUAGAAAGAGUUUAUUGCCCAAAAAGGAAGUGUACCAAGUAAUAUGAAACUUCCCACAAUGGAAAGUGUAGUGAGUAUUUUGAAACGGAGGAAGUAUCUACAUUUUUUUUCUAGUUGGAAUUUCUUCAUCGACUAGUAACUGAUGUGCCUAUAACUAUUGUAUUAGGAUUUAAAAUAUGAUGGUGAAUUUCAUGGAUUAGAUGCUUUUCCAAAAGAUUUUGAUGUCGGAAAGUACAUCUUUGAUUUCAAGGUGUCAUUCUUUUAUACUUUUAGCUAAUUAGUUACAUCUUUCAUUGGGCUAGUGCAGAGAUUGACCAUUAUUGUUUUUCUUUUUCUUUAUUUUUUUGCUGGACUUGGGGUUAGGUUGUUCUCAAUUAUUCAGAUGAUAUGGGUAGAUAUAAACAGGUAGGACGAAGUCGGUUCGAAGUUUAUGUCACAGGAGAAAUCAAAGUUGAAAAUGUUGAAAUAGCAAUCCUUGAUACUGAUCUUGGCAAUGUUGAGCCUCCUAAAAAGUUAAAUUUGUCUGCAGAAAGUUCAGUGUCCUUGUUAGCAAAUCAUCUCCAGAAGCUGCGUCUCUCUUUUCAGCUGGUCUCACCUCUUGGGAAUGCAUUUGAACCUAAUCAGGAUUUCCUUGGACUAAUGGACAAGCUGUACUACCUUUCUGGCAAAUACAAUCUUCAACUAAUUGUUGGAGAUGCUGUCAUGGAAAAUUCAUUCUUAUGCUCCUUGGGUCAUAUUGACUUGGAUCUUCCAAAAGUACCGAAUAAGGCAACUCGUCCACCUCCUCAGCCAACCGAUCCUCUCCUGAGGUUCGCACCUAAACCAGAAAUAACACACAUAUUCAGAGCUGCAGAAAAGUGCGCACUCAUGAAACUAUAUCUUGCUUUCUUGGUCCUUGUCCUUGUUCCACUUGCAGGAUUCUUAAUUGGGUUGUGUCGUCUUGGGGUUAAUCUAAUGAACUUCCCAGCAUCACGAGUUGCGGCUACUUACGCUGUACUCUUUCAUGUUGGCAUUGCUGCUAUACUUUGCUUUUAUGUGCUUUUCUGGUUACAGUUGAACAUCUUUACGAUGCUGCGUAUCCUGUUCUUCUUGGGAAUUUUCGUGGUAUAUGUUGGUCACAAGACACUAUCCAAAUUGAAAUUCUCCUAACAAGGAGCAUCAUUUCUUCGUGAUAGGUUAAAGGUUGUUUAUGCUGAUUUUUGUCUAAACGAUAAGAUUCGAUAUGGGACGACAACAAUCAGAUUGAUAUGAUGUAUGCUAUGCAAAUGCAAAAAGGGAAUCAAUGGGGAACGACACAAAGAAGUGUUGAUGCAGAAAAACCCCAAUGAAGGUGGGUAAAAGACCGCGUGUGGAAAUGAGUCCAUCAAUCCACUAUAUGCAAUUGUUGCUGAGAGUGAACGACAAUUAGUACACCCUAAGAUAAUUGUUCUAAGUACAAGGAUUGUUUACUUGAGUAAAAUAGUAUACUUUAUUGGAAAUGUAAAGUACAUGUAUAUCAUCAAAGAGUAGCCAGUGUAUUUUUUUGUGUGAAGUGUGUGUAAGAAUAGUGCCUUGAAUAGUG